AUGAGACUUGUUGUAACAUUGGGUGUGGCAUUGUUGGCUAUCAUCGGUGCAGCGACUGCAAAACCAUCAACUGCAGGCAGCUGUUCCAAAAAUGACGAAGGAAUAAAGUACGGUAUUGCGAGUAAUUGUCAAAAGUAUUUGGUGUGCAAGAAAGGUGUGUUGGAGGUUAAGGAAUGCGACGACAAGAAGUACUACGACACCGUAACCGGCAAGUGUUUGAAGGCUGCAGCAGCUACAUGUGCCGUUGAAUCUAACCCAGAACCGGAACCACAGCCUGAACCAGUACCCGUACCUGAGCCGGAAGAAAACGACGACCAGUAUGACUACCUUUGCCAGAAGGUCUUGUAUGGUGUGCGCAUACAUCCGAAUGCAUGCGACAGUUAUCUUGUUUGCAAUAAGGAGAAGGCAACUGUUGAGCAUUGUGCAGCUGGGUUCAUUUUCGUGGCUGAUAUUAUAACUUGUGUGCCUGGCAAUAAGGUGACAUGUACCAUUCAGAUCGAAGAACCAACAACAACUGAGAGUCUACCAAGCACAUCAUCACAGUCAAAUGAAAAUGGGAGUGAGGAAUCUGGUUCAAACAACGAAUCCUCGGAGUCCUCCAACCAGUACGACUAUCUGUGUGCGACAACGAAGUUCGGAAGUUUGGCUCAUCCCGAGACCUGUACGAAAUACAUCUCGUGUUCCAAGAACAAGGCCAAGGAGGAGAACUGCAAGAAGGGUUACGCCUACUCGACUACGCUGCAUCUGUGCGUCAAGCAGAAGAAUGGAGGAUGUGCUGAUGCUCCGGAAGAGCAGCCACCUACCGAGGCCUCUCCUGUAGAGCCGGAGCCCACUCGUUCAGGAAGCGAGGAGAAAGGAUCUGGAGAAGAAUCCUCGGAGUCCUCCAACCAGUACGACUAUCUGUGUGCGACAACGAAGUUCGGAAGUGUGGCUCAUCCCGAGACCUGUACGAAAUACAUCUCGUGUUCCAAGAACAAGGCCAAGGAGGAGAACUGCAAGAAGGGUUACGCCUACUCGACUACGCUGCAUCUGUGCGUCAAGCAGAAGAAUGGAGGAUGUGCUGAUGCUCCGGAAGAGCAGCCACCUACUGAGGCCUCUCCUGUAGAGCCGGAGCCCACUCGUUCAGGAAGCGAGGAGAAAGGAUCUGGAGAAGAAUCCUCGGAGUCCUCCAACCAGUACGACUAUCUGUGUGCGACAACGAAGUUCGGAAGUGUGGCCCAUCCCGAGACCUGUACGAAAUACAUCUCGUGUUCCAAGAACAAGGCCAAGGAGGAGAACUGCAAGAAGGGUUACGCCUACUCGACUACGCUGCAUCUGUGCGUCAAGCAGAAGAAUGGAGGAUGUGCUGAUGCUCCGGAAGAGCAGCCACCUACUGAGGCCUCUCCUGUAGAGCCGGAGCCCACUCGUUCAGGAAGCGAGGAGAAAGGAUCUGGAGAAGAAUCCUCGGAGUCCUCCAACCAGUACGACUAUCUGUGUGCGACAACGAAGUUCGGAAGUGUGGCUCAUCCCGAGACCUGUACGAAGUACAUCUCGUGUUCCAAGAACAAGGCCAAGGAGGAGAACUGCAAGAAGGGUUACGCCUACUCGACUACGCUGCAUCUGUGCGUCAAGCAGAAGAAUGGAGGAUGUGCUGAUGCUCCGGAAGAGCAGCCACCUACUGAGGCCUCUCCUGUAGAGCCGGAGCCCACUCGUUCAGGAAGCGAGGAGAAAGGAUCUGGAGAAGAAUCCUCGGAGUCCUCCAACCAGUACGACUAUCUGUGUGCGACAACGAAGUUCGGAAGUGUGGCUCAUCCCGAGACCUGUACGAAAUACAUCUCGUGUUCCAAGAACAAGGCCAAGGAGGAGAACUGCAAGAAGGGUUACGCCUACUCGACUACGCUGCAUCAGUGCGUCAAGCAGAAGAAUGGAGGAUGUGCUGAUGCUCCGGAAGAGCAGCCACCUACUGAGGCCUCUCCUGUAGAGCCGGAGCCCACUCGUUCAGGAAGCGAGGAGAAAGGAUCUGGAGAAGAAUCCUCGGAGUCCUCCAACCAGUACGACUAUCUGUGUGCGACAACGAAGUUCGGAAGUGUGGCUCAUCCCGAGACCUGUACGAAAUACAUCUCGUGUUCCAAGAACAAGGCCAAGGAGGAGAACUGCAAGAAGGGUUACGCCUACUCGACUACGCUGCAUCUGUGCGUCAAGCAGAAGAAUGGAGGAUGUGCUGAUGCUCCGGAAGAGCAGCCACCUACUGAGGCCUCUCCUGUAGAGCCGGAGCCCACUCGUUCAGGAAGCGAGGAGAAAGGAUCUGGAGAAGAAUCCUCGGAGUCCUCCAACCAGUACGACUAUCUGUGUGCGACAACGAAGUUCGGAAGUGUGGCUCAUCCCGAGACCUGUACGAAAUACAUCUCGUGUUCCAAGAACAAGGCCAAGGAGGAGAACUGCAAGAAGGGUUACGCCUACUCGAUUACGCUGCAUCUGUGCGUCAAGCAGAAGAAUGGAGGAUGUGCUGAUAAGAAUGGAGGAUGUGCUGAUGCUCCAGAAGAGCAGCCUACAACCACUCAUCCACCUCAGACUACGGAAGCGCCAACAACAACUCCUAAGCCUCCUAAGCCUACGACUCAGACAACUACAACCACUCAACAACCUCAGACUACAGAAGCACCAACAACAACUGCUGAGCCUCCUAAGCCUACGGAUGAGAUAACUACAACUACUCAACAACCUCAGACUACGGAAGCACCAACAACAUCAACCGAGUUCACUCCUCCCGCAACCGGUGGUGAUCCAGGAGAAUUCAACCAAGGUUGCGUUGAGGGUUUCACCGGAUACAUACCGAUCGAAAAUGACUGUACGAGCUAUGUAUACUGUUUCCAGGGAGAACCCGGAGUGAGGACUUGCCUGGAGGAAUACAUUUACUAUGAUCCUUUCAAGGCUUGCCUUCCAGGAGAUCCAGUUCUGUGCCAACUGUACUCUGUAUAG